AUGGAAAUUGAUAAGGAAUACGGCGGAAUACGCAGCUUUGAAGUUCACGGUUACUUUGUCAGUCGACUUAAAGCAUUUGUAGCUGCAUUUCUGUUUGUUUCGUUUUUGAUCGCUGUUGUCGUUUUAGCUGCACUGCUGGCUCACGAAAAGAGUAAAGGAGAUAUCACUGGAGUGUCAGGUAAUCAAGCUGGAAAUCAAGGUAGGUGGAAUGGUCGCAGUCUAUGGUGGUUUUUAAAUAUGUGUCUAUUUGUUUACCUCAGUCGAAGCUCAGUGUAUGACAACUGUUUGACCCGACCCGUUUGUGUUACGACUUCCCUAUAAUGAUUUCUGCCAAGCAGGAGAUGAUUUCGACGUAAACUGUUCUUAUAAGAGAUAAUGAGUUUCAGCCAUAUCAUCGGACACCGAGAAGUCAGAGAAGACUUGAGAGUUUUUACUCCCGGGAAUUGUCUCUGUGUUAUCGUCACAGUGAUACUUGUAUCACUGUUAUAUAGUCACGCAACGAGCACUCUAUCUGGUUCAAUGCAAUUAAAAUGGAAGCUUUUUGAGGAGGUGCUUGAUACAGGUAGAAAUGGCUUUUAAAAUACUAGGAUCGUAACAAGGUAUAUUUUUUCAUAACUGAUCCUGUAUUUUUGCCCCAAAUUUUGAUCCCUGAUCACAAAAACGUUGAGAAUUUUAAUCCCUGAUCACAAAAACAUUGGGAAUUUUGAUCCCUGAUCCCAAAAACGUUCACAAUUUUGAUCCCUGAUUCCACUAAAACACUGCUGAUCCCGAUCCCAAGUGUUGUGAUCCCAGAUCCCGGGGCUGUGAUCCCUGAUCUCAUAUACCUCGUUACGACCCUGAAAUACCAACUUCUCAGGUUAAUUAAGGCCUGGGUCACCCUGUCUUUAACCCAUAUUUUCACAAAAUUGAGAAUAACUUAGCUAUUUUGCGAGGGAUUUUUCUCAUACUUGGCAGAAAUGUGUAUCACUACCAUCUCUCUCGGACUGAAUUGUGGCAGCGUAAUAUGAUACUCUCAACAGCCAAAAACAGUUAAUUUAGGCGCCAAAUUCGUCGGUUGCUUUCUUGAACAAAUUCCCACCACAAAACACAAGGCAAAUCAAAAUGCAGUUAUCGCUAUGAAUAUUUGAGACGUUUUUCAUUGUUUUCCCACUUGGAAUGGCUGCCAAAAAAAAGAGAGAUGUGCUAGGCAGAUUAAAUCAAGUUUUGUCUCUGCGAAGCUGCUUCCUCUAUCAUGGUUUUCGCCCGAAAACAUCUUAGCCUUUACCUGGUUCCAACCGCUAUCAACGAAAGUAAUCCCACAGGUUCCUAUUUAUUUGGAAAAAAGACAAAUUAAAACUGUUUAAGAGGUGGGAAUUUUGAAAACUCGCAGUCACGUAAUUCAACUUAGUGUCCGCCAUUUUGACACGCGAGUCACGAAGACCCAUUUCAAGCGUGACGUCACAUCACGUGACUUUGCGAACUGGAGGACAAGCAAAUGUAAACAAACUCUUGAUUUCACUAUGCGUUACGAUCGAAGAGAGCAAUAAGGCAAAAUAUUUUGAAGUUCUUGCACCAUAGUUAACUUUUGUGCCGUUUAUGGGUGCUCAAAUCGUUCUAAUAGAGAAAAGGAUCGAAGUUUAACGGCUGAUGCACUACCAAAUACUAAUUGGAGCAAUCUAAGAAGUAAUACAGGCAAACUUUGUAUACUUUUGGUGAUAUUUAUUUCUUUUUCUCGUUUUCUGAGGUCGAUUGCAUCUCUGUAAAUCCAGGGUUAGAUCGCCUUUGACAGUUCUAAUAAAAAACAAUUGCAAUUUUGGCGCAAAACUUGAAAGUUAUCGCACUGAUUCCUUGAAACUCUUCAAGGUUUUGUUCCCUAACAACGGUACUACUCGAUAACGAGCUAUGUGUAUUCGUGUGAAACGAAAAUGUCUGUCAUUUUUAAUUGUGCGGGAUUUGCAAGAGUUGCUGUAAAGGAGAGCUUUCGUAAGGUUGGAAGUGCUUCGGUUGAAACUAACCCUAGUGAAAAGUGGAAGAACUAUCUUGCAGCGUUCGAGGGUGACAGUCAGGAAGUUUUUGCGGUCGAACGUUCCACCUACGUCAAGAAAUCCAAAGCAAUUUACAGCUCUUUCCGAAAGAUGAACUCAAAAGCCAGGGCCCAGUACCAAGACACGUUUUCAAUGGUUGACUGGAAAGCUCUUAAUACAGCGCAGAAGAAACAGCACACACUGUCAAAUUGUGGAGGUUGUCAAGUGCACUAUUAUGCCAUCCAUAAUUUUUUCCCUUGUGGAGAAACUUUCAAAACCCGAAAACUUUUAAAAGAGGCCCUUAUUGAAAGUGGGGUGAAGACACAAAGUAAAGUGAAACCAACGCAAAAAGCCAUUAAAACUGCUGUAAAACACAUUUAUUCAAAAGUGAAUGGCCACUUUGAGAAAAUAUUUAAAAUAAGCUUUGCUGAAGCACAAACAAAAGUGAAGGAACUUCAGCUCCAAAAAAAGAAAGACGCAAUUGAGAAAAAGCGGCAGCGUCGAGGGAGAGCACGCCAAGAAAAAAAUAAAAUCCAAUGCUAAUGUCUAGUCCAUCUGGAGGAGGAGUAAUGUUUCUACUUACUUUGCAGUAAUUUGCAUGCCAAACACUGAGAUCAACAAUCUUCACCUUUACUUGUGUUGCAAUCUAGCAUUUAUUUAAGCACACUCUCUAUAAUAUAUUCGCCUUCAUUUUCCAGUUUUUUAAAAGGAAUGCAAGUACCAAAUAAUCCACUGUAAACUUAAUCAAUCAUACUGAACUUCUUCCAACCAAUGAAGAGAAUAUAAUACUGGGAGAAGGAUCCAAUGGUCAAUGCCUUCUGAGACAGUACACACGAUUUGAUAUAAAGGUUGUGGAAAAACAGUCUCUGAUGCAGGACACCACAGAGAUAAUGAAGGAGGCUCACAUUAUGCAGGCACUCGCACAUAAAAAUAUCCCAACCAUAAAAGGUGUGCAGCUUCAAAAGCAGCCCAUUUCCUUAAUAAUGGAGUUUAAAGGGGAAGACAAUACAUCUGUAACAAUAAGCAAACUAUUGUCUUGUCAGAAAAACAGUGCAACAAUACAGAAUGUGCAAAGCUCACUCAUAACAAAUGACUGGUUAAUUAUUUCACAUGAUUUGACAGAAGCCCUUUCACAUAUUCACACAAAAGGCUUUCUUCACUGUGAUUUGAAGGCUAAUAAUUUUCUUGUGAGUAACAAACAUGGCUACAUCAUCAAUUUUGGAAAAGCAUGUGACAGCUCCUUUCCUCCUGCAAAGAAUUAAUGAAGCCAGUGAUAUUUUUUCCCUUGGUAAAAUUCUGUUCAAAGUAGGUGUUAGGCAAAACAUUCCACUUUUGGUUUUCAUGGCUCAAGCAUGUUUGGAUGCCAGCCCUGUAAGAAGACCAACAACAGGCAUUAUGGCAACACUGGCUUCCAUAAUAUCUCACUGAAUACUAUAAGCUUAAGCAGGGGUUUCACGGGCCUGACACUGGGCAAAUUGACUGUCUGGGAAUAUAAUUUUUCCUGCAUGUUGUGACUGACAUAAAUCAGAAUCAAAACAUAUUUUGCCUGCUUCCUUGUACAUUUCCCAUCACCUCAAAAUCUUAAUGAAACCUCAGCUUAAGAAAGUAAUAAUUAACACUCUAAUCAGGUAAAGUGACCCUAGCCAUGUCACAGCAGGAGUCUUUUUAUUGGGCUUUGCAAGGUUAAAAUCACAAUGUAUGUGCAUGUCUUUAGCAAGUUUAUGUGUGCUCUUGGUCUAAACUAAUUUUGUACUUCUGCUUUACGAAUUGUGAAUGAAUGUUAGAGGGACAUUUUUAAUAAUGCACAGAUAAGGUGCUCUAGGGUCCAUCAGGUACAAAUUACUUCAUAGGUCAUACUCAUGUCUAUAAUUUUACAUCGCUGCUAGAUAACAUACAUGUACCGAUUUAUUUCCCAAUUCCUGCCAAUUAUUGAUCUAUGAAAUUGAAUUUAGGCAAGCAACUGGCAGAUCAAACUUAAAAUUAUAAACCAGAGUUUUAACCAGUUAGGCCACCAUAGCCUUCUAACAGGAAUAUUGACUUAGAAGAGCAACAAAAAAAGCAAGAAAUACAAUUUUAAAAUUUUCCUUUCUGACUUUGUAACAAGGGCAACCUAUCCUGCUCUUAAGAUGGCACAUCUUUUAUGAGUAGGGCUGAGAAGAUGACACAUCUUAUACCAGUUUGUGUUUGCUCUUGUCACAAAAAAAAACAGUGCCCCACUUGGGGCAACAGUAAGCACUGGUAAUUAAUCAUGUCUUAUCAAAAAAGAGAGAAGGCUAUGGUCAGAAUCAUAUGCAUGUAUCAGAACUUUUGUGAUGCAUUUGAAUUAAAAGAUACUCCACUGGUGUAGUGGGUAGAAUAUUUACAUUCAAAUAGACACAUACAUCAAUUACAAGUCCAUCAUUGACAAUGAUUGUUGCAAUUAUUACCGGUCAAAACUUAAAAACCAAACUGUUGACUAUAAUUAAAACUGAUAUAACAUGAUUUAAAAACCAAAAAAAUGCCUCAUAAAUAACACCAUUAACAUGCUUGUAAUAAAUUAGUUGUGUGGAAUAACUGGAAGGACCUCUUCAAGAAAACAAACAGGGAUAACAGUAAAUAAAACUGGUUUUAAUCAAGUAGAUUCCCUUUGGAAUCUGCAAGGGCUGGCUGGUUUUCUGUGUGAGUAAUUAAAAUUAUUAUUAUUAUUAUAUAUUUAUAGCAAUUCAGUAAGGGACCUCGGAAUAAACUAACACGCAUUAGUACAGCUUUUUUCCUCUUAGUUUUCAAGGGAUUAUUUAUGACGAGACAAUCUGCAUCUUACAUGUUAGCAAUUAAACUUACCUAACAACUGCUUUGGGGGAUUACGUUUGUCAGUAAAUUCAUCUGCUUCUUGGAGAAAUUGUUUCCAAAGCAUUCAAAAGCUUAAAUUUUGAUAAACACCAUAAGUUUACACAUCACGAUGUGAUAGAGGAUUUAUCAAGCUAAAUUUAAUUUCAAAAUUGAAUGGUAUAUCCACAAUGAAACUUUUUUCUAUACAUUUGUUACAAAACAUGGUACUUUUUUCUAUGCAAAAGUUACAAACAUUGUAAAACGCUAUUGAGCUCUAGAAAUGAGCGCUAUAUUAUAAAUUCAUGUUGCAUUGUAUUUGCAGUGAAAUCAAUGAACAUGUUGAGAGCGGUGUUUAGAAGUCUUCGUAGGUUCAAAAUGGUUCUCUUUGGCUUUAAGAUAGCGAUAUCAUGCCAUUUUUUGAGGAAAUGAAGAUAGCAAAGAAAAUUUUAUUACCUUCUUUUGAUGUCUUCCUCUUGAUUGUCGCAUUCACCAGCGAAGAUGGGAAAAACCAAUGCAAAGCCGACACUUCAAAAUGGCGGAUGCCGUUCACGAAUUACGCGAUCUGGAUUCCAAGUAACUAUGGUUACUCGCGCAGUCCACGCGAAUUCCGCGAACCUUGCUCGGGGGGCACUGGAGGCGAAAAUCAUUUUUGACCCAGGCCUUAAUUAGCCUGAGUUUGAGAAAAUCUAUGAGAAUUUUAGCAGAAUAAGCUUGUUUCCUAAACCCAACCCUAACCUUUGGCCCAUUUAAUUACUAGGACUUUUGAGAAAAGGACUCCAGGUUAGCAACCGAACGAUAAACUAAGGACGGUGAACGUGAAAUUUUCAUAGUUUUCCUUAUCAUUAAAGGGCCAGAGGGGUAGAGUAGAAUUUAAACUUAGAGGUGUCCAUUUACCUCCGGAUUGGCUAUGAAUCAUUUGGUUUUUCUUUCAUUUUAAGAGUCCCACGUGAAACAAAUGACCUGUAAUGUCGUCGUGGUUGGUGGGGGUAUAUCAGGAUUGUACAUGGCAGAGACACUCAUGCGGUUGAAAAAAGAAAACAACGUUUGCUUGUUCGAGAAAGAUUCCAGAUUUGGUGGAAGGAAUUACGACGUCAGGUUUAAGCAAGCACCAAACAUCAGCAUUAGUAAGAAAUGUACUAUUUUUUGCAAAGAAACAAAUUUUUCCGUUAUGAAGGAGAUUAAAUUCAUAUGUAGCGAGUAUGUGGUAAGCUGAAAAAAUGAAUUUACGACUCUCCACGGGUUAUGGCAAAUCAGAUACCCUUGUUCCAACUCUAUACUCCAUAGUGCUCUAUGCAAACCAUAAUAACGGACGUGCGUCGAGAGCUAAUGUCCUUUCAAACAACAAUUUAACUUAAAGUGAGUACAACGAAUACAAAACUCGCCCUAUCGCGAUUGAUAUGAUAAGCUGAAUUAUGCACUCAUUUUGAUUGGUUCUUACUAUGAGCUACUGGAAGAUGGACGCAUCACCUCUAACAACAUUUUUAUCAAAUAACACUAAAAUAUUCUAUCUUACCGUGGGUCUAUCCAGUGAUACGGGAGGCGCCAAUUUUUUUUUCAAACAACAUUUUGACAUUAUCAUUGAUCCAUUACUGAACAGGCGCACGACAACAUAUAAUAUAUUUUUUAACCCUUUAACUCCCAUGAUUUAAUUGUUAAUUCUCCCCUUUAGCUGCUACACAUUUCCUUGUAAAUUAGCUGUGAUAAUUUGGUGUUAGAUCAGGAUAAAAACUUCUACCUGAUACAGUUUAGUACUCUCAUUGCAGCUUUGUUGGAUAAUGUAUGAAUAUUAUAAGAAGAAGUUUCAUGUUUACUAUUUCUGGGAGUUAAAGGGUGAAAUAAAAGAAAGGUUUUCUCGAUUGAUUUGAUUACUCAUUUACCUACUCAUUUAUUUAUUUAUCUGUUUAUUUAUCAAACUUUAUUGUGGAAGAGGAGAGUCUCUCUUUAAUUCCAAUUUAGCUUUUUUUUAAAAGCUUUAUACUUAUUUAACUUUGUCUUUUAUUUCUGUUGUCUUAUUUCCAAAAGAUCUAGGAUCCUGGCGUGUGGAUAAGAAAAACAAAAGAGUGAUGUAAGGAAAUAUCUCUUUUAGGUCUAUUUAUAGCUAAGUGCUUGAUGAUGAUGUCGCAAUGAUGUGAGGAGGUAGUGUUAAAUGUUGAAGGGCCGAGUGACUUAUCUUACUAUAACCAUUGCACUGUUCUUGAAAAUUCGAACGAACGCUGCUGUGCGGAUAAAUAUCCAUAUCUGAAACUUCAAACAUUUCAAGCAGGUUGUGGUUAUCUGUGUGCCUCUACCUUUUUGAUUACUUCUGUCUACCUGAUUAGUGUUUCUCUGCUUACUUUCACCUGACCGUUCAUCUAUCCAUCGAACUUACCCCGUCUGUCUGUUGUGUUUCUUGGUCUGAUCUAUCUAUCUAUCUAUCCGUUUCAGUAUGUCUCACUGCACAACUGUCCAAAAACCUCUUACUUAUUUUUAAAACAUUGAUGAACGUUUGUCGUUAUCUUAUCUUGUUUUCAGGGAUUUAGCGCGACGCCUCAACAUUCCCAUGUUGUCUAUUGGAAAACUCACAGACAUUUUUUUUCAAGCAAGAGGUGUUCGUGCAUACACCUUUCAGUCUCUUAAGGAAAAAGCUUUCCCUACGCUUAUGUCAGGACCGUUUUCCAAUAUGACGUGGUUGGAAAUGUAUCUGUUUGCUUGGAGGAACAUGACCAAAGAAAAAGCACUUGAGUUUCCUUUUUACCGAGACUUCAUGUGCGAAAGACUUGGAAGUGAAGGUUGCGAGCUACUAUAUGCCAGAUACGUUGACAAGAGAGAUUUCUACGAAGAAAGUACGUUAGACAAAUACGAAAACGAUGAAGCUGUCAGCUACUUUUCGUACGAUUUCUACAAACCAAGAGGCGGUAUAUCAGAUAUUACAACAGCAUUAAAAAUUUCUGCGCAGCGCUUUGGAGCAAAGCUGGUUUUAAAAGAGAAAAUAAAUGCUUUAGAGAGGAAGGCAGAUGGUUUUGACGUCCAUACGGAUCAUUUUAAAGUGUCCGCCAAAAAACUAAUUAUUGCUGUUCCGACUCUUCCAUUUGAAGCCAUUAGGGGAGAUGUCGCUGCAGAUGUCAAAAGUAAUGUUUUAUUUGGUUCCAUUCCGGGAGCAAACGCAUUUAAAGCAGUGGCCAUUUAUAGUUCUCCUUGGUGGGAAGAUUAUCUUCCCAAACGGAACCGAACCGAGCCAAUUGUCGAAACGUUUUGGUCAGCAUCGACAUGUCUUGUGUUAGUCCCUUAUAAGUAAGUAAAAGCGGAAUUUCUAUCUAGUUUACGUUCUAUGACCACCUUGAGUUUUUGCUAUUAUAAUUCUAAACUGACACCAUUGUCACUCCUAAAUUUGUUGAUAUUAUCUUUGUUGCUGCCAGCACCGCUACUAGAAUAGUCUAUGCCGGUCCAUUUUGUUACCGUUAAGCCAAACGGGAGACGCAUGGGCUGAGCGGGACUAAAACGAAGGCAUAGGGCUUAAGGAGCGAAAAUACAGAGGAAGAAAAAAAAAGAAAAGAAGAAGAAGAAGAAGAGCCUGCUGCUGCCCUGCUUCCCUGAUACUUCCACCUCGGGGUGUCACUAGUCACGUUCAUUGUAACAUGAAAGACAAUCAUCACUCCUUUCCAGAGAGGAGUAAGACCGUAGAGAAACACAUUAUUCACCUUCAUCUGCCCUUAGUCCGUUUGCUCUCUUUUACCUUAGCAUUCGCAUGGCUCCCACUUUUAUGGAAAGAAACGCCUCCAAUCACCACAUUUUCCUCUCAUAUUCCUUCUAUUUCUAAUUUUCUCCCGAUGUUAAAAUAAUUACGGUUAUGAGUUUGAAUGGAUAGCAUAAAAACCUGUUAUUAUUAUUGAAAAGCGCUGGAAACACAAAAAAAGAGAAGGAGAUAUAUCUUUCACGGGUCGGGUGGCCAUGAAGAAUUAUUUUAAGAUAUCAAUCAGCAAACAUAAAGAGUAGGAGCGUAGCACUAUUUUUUUUGUGGUAGCUGACAUUGUCUUCAUCACUGUUGUUGUUUAUUAAGUGGACGAGGACCCCAAGGAGAAGCCAUUAUCCAACUGUCGUAUGCCUGGUUGGGAUGCGCUGCAAAGUGGGGAAAGAUGUCUGAGCUUCCACGAUCAAUCUUUGAAGCGGAAAUAAAGAAAGCUGUCCAAGAAGUGUUUCCAGAUAAAGUUGUGCCAGAUCCACUGGAUAUGGUGUUCAAAUUUUGGGAUAAAGUAGCUUGGUACGUAGGCUACCUUAGGAUCAACUUUAAAUCGCUUUAGGAAUAACCUCGUAGCUGAAGUAGUCUGUUGUACUGUCUUUGAUUUUCCUCGCUCAAAAAUACUUUUUCAAAGUGAGAUUUUCUCAUAAGUUGGACGCGUUGUUCACCACUUCCUAGAUAAUGGCCUGCUACUUCACCGACUGAGUUCCAGGGAACCAGGUUCUGUGAUUUUAUUGCCGUAAAUCUCGUUCAUUGUAGGGUGCUUCGCAUAGAGAAUUUUCCUCGGCCUAAUCUUGAUAGAAUACGACUUAGUCCACCGUUUCGCACGAGGGAGUUCCCUCCAUUAUAGAAAGCUAUUUAUUCGUUUAAGUAGCGAGAUUGAGACCUUCGUAUAUAUAAAGAUUUGUUCACGCCUCUAUUUAACAGGCAUGAAACAAAGGCAGGUUCCAACGUGAGCCGACACGAUGUGAAGAAAUGGGCGAAACGUCCUUUCCCUGGAGAAGAAAUUUACUUGGUUGGUGAAGCGUUUUCGUUACAGGUUGGAUGGAAUGAAGGAGCUCUGUCGAGUGCAUACAACGCUCUCGAGGAAGGAUGGGAAAUAUCAGAUCCUGAGACGAAUUGA